AUGGUGAGGACCAAGCAGACAGCGGCGAAGAGCACUGGAAGUAAGCGUCCGCGGAAGCGGCUCGCUCUGAAAGCUGCUCGCUUCGCCAGCCGCGACCACUUAAUGUUCGAGCUCUCAUCUCGAACAGAUGUAACCAAGGUUUCCAAGACGGGCUCCAUGUUACACAUUUGGGUGGCCAGCGGGCAUCGCCGUUACGCUGUAACAGAAAAAGAGUUCAACAGCCUUCUAGGAGAUCAUAUUACCGCCCUGCUCCACUGCAAGCCAGAUGAAGAGGUCUCUCUCGAAGAGAUAUGGCGUCUUGGUCUUACAGAGUCGUUGUCGGACACAAACCAGUACUGUAUUAUCGGCGACGGUGAGUGA